CGCGUUAAGAGGGGGCGGUGCGGAUGCGGAAGCAGGGAUGUGGGAGCUGAAAGGUGAGCGGCGGUCGGUGGGCGCCUGGCGGCUGCUGCUGCUCUUAGCCGCUGUGGCCCAGGCCGUGGCCAAGGCUCCUCCGCACCGCUACAGCCCGAACUGGCAGAGCUUGGACUCGCGGCCACUGCCGAGCUGGUUCGACGAGGCCAAGUUCGGAGUGUUCGUGCACUGGGGGGUGUACUCGGUGCCCGCCUGGGGCAGCGAGUGGUUCUGGUGGCACUGGAAGGGCGAGCGGAUACCGGCCUAUGAGCGCUUCAUGAAAGACAACUACCCUCCCGGCUUCAGCUACGCCGACUUCGGACCGCGGUUCACGGCGCGCCUCUUCCACCCGGACCAAUGGGCUGCUCUCUUCGAAGCUGCCGGGGCCAAGUAUGUGGUCCUGACCACAAAGCAUCACGAAGGCUUCACAAAUUGGCCCAGUCCCGUGUCUUGGAACUGGAACUCAAAGGACGUGGGGCCCCAUCGUGAUCUGGUUGGUGAGUUGGGCGAAGCUGUGCGGAAGAGGAAGAUACGCUACGGCCUCUACCACUCUCUCUUGGAGUGGUUCCAUCCACUCUACCUACUCGAUAAGAAAAAUGGCUUCAAAACUCAGCACUUUGUCAAAGCAAAAACAAUGCCGGAGCUGUACGACCUCGUUACCCGCUACAAGCCUGACCUGAUCUGGUCUGAUGGGGAGUGGGAGUGUCCUGAUACGUACUGGAACUCCACAGGUUUCCUUGCUUGGCUCUACAACGACAGCCCUGUCAAGGAUCAGGUGGUAGUGAAUGACCGGUGGGGCGAGAACUGCUCCUGUCAUCACGGAGGGUACUACAACUGUCAGGACAAAUACACACCGCACAGCCUGCCAGACCACAAGUGGGAGAUGUGCACCAGCGUGGACAGGGCGUCCUGGGGCUACAGACGCGACAUGACCAUGUCUGCGGUUGCCAGUGAGGAUGAAAUCAUUAAGGAGUUGGUUCAGACUGUAAGUCUGGGAGGCAACUAUCUUCUCAACAUCGGACCAACUAAAGAGGGACUGAUCAUUCCCAUCUUCCAAGAAAGGCUUCUUGCUGUUGGCAAGUGGCUGCAGAUCAAUGGGGAGGCCAUCUAUGCCUCCAAACCCUGGAGGGUGCAGUCCGAAAAGAACGGGACAGUUGUGUGGUACACCACUAAAGACUCAGCUGUUUAUGCUACCUUCCUGUACUGGCCAGAAAAUGGGAUCAUAAGCCUCAAGUCCCCCAAAACUUCCUCGGCCACAAAGAUAACGAUGCUCGGAACAGAGGGAGAGUUGAACUGGACCCAGGACCCCCAGGAGGAGCUUGUGAUCUCUCUGCCCUCUCUGCCAUCCACUGCUCUCCCGGUGCAGUUUGCCUGGACUCUAAAGCUGACAGACGUGAAGUGAUCCGGGGACAGACCACCCCCGUCAGCUGCUUCCCUUUCCUCUAACAGGACCAACAGUGCAAUAAAGUCGCUUCCUUUCCCCACCCCAUGAUGGCUUUUCCAGCCCAUUUUAGUCAAUGGGAACCUGGUAUACCAUGCUGCCUAAUGAAUGGAUUGAAGAUGGGAAAGCCAUUGCUGGCGCCUCUGGUGAACAAAAAGGCCUCGAGCUCAUCAGCCGAACUCAGCCACUCCUUCCCUAGGAUGAAUUUCCCUCUGUUCUCUGCUGACCUACCUUAUAGUGAGCCAGUUAACCCAUUGCCUGUGGGAGCAGGUCAAAGAGGUUUGGCAAACUCAACCCCCUGUGCCUUAUAGCAUUGUCACUAGUCCUGCAGGGACUAACCUGAUCCCACAGGGCUUGCCAGGCUGCGGCGGUCAUCUCUUCAAAGUUUGCGAAGGAAGGCGAAAGCUCCAACGUUCAGCAUAUCUUCAGAGACAGAGAUGAGAGAGCAUGAUUCUGCCUGCCUUUAGAAAAAGAUGGAAGAAAAUUUGUAUGUCAGAUUGUUUCUACCAAAAGCAUGUGAUAAAACUCUCUUUCCCUA